AUGUCAUCUAGACAAUUAAGGAAUGAUGAGAUAAUGCAGAUAGAGCAUAUUUUGCUGCAUCCUCCUGAUGAUUUUCACAACCAAAACGGAAACGAAACGACGCACGGAAACGAAACGACGCACGGAAACGAAACACGGCGGAACAAAAUACAGAUUAGAUAUGACAAUAGGGAAGCAGGAGAUCUCUGCAGGGGAGGAUUGAAUCGGAACGAAACGUCGUCGGGAAACGAAACGCGCUGCGGAAACGAAACACCGCCGAGAGAAACUCUGGUAGAGGUCGAGAAUGAGUUCUCCGAGACCUUUAUGAUGUCGGACAGUGACUGGGACGAAUCACUACUGGAAAACAGAACUUCCACUUUGGCUGAUAUAGCUGCUGCUUGCGAGUCUCCUAUUGAUCUGACUGGGAUUGAUUCACCUGUGCGGGCAGGUGAGAAAUCUCAAGUGGCGGUCGUGCAGAAGAAAAAGAAGCCUAUGAGGAAGACUAAGGUCUAUAUCAAGGACCCGGAAAUGCAAACCCUGCUUGUGCGCAUGUGCAUUUCCCAUUUCCCCGAACUCAGUGAGAAAGGGUCGACCAAGAAGAAAUUCUGGGAGGUUAUGAGGGAGGAGUACCGGAAGGAAACUCUAACGGGGACUAUGGGCGUAGGGACUAUGAAGCCAAGGAAUACAACCGAGGCGAAGACGUGGACGUAG